AAUGCAGUCCCCGCGACUUGUGAGUGUGUGUCGGUGAGAAGUGUCAUUCUAUCUCACGUAAUAGGAAAAGAAAGUUGAAGCCAGGAAGUUGAGUGAAGUAGGGGAAACGGAACCGAGUUAUUCGAGCGCAUUGACACAGAGCUGUAGUAAGUGUGUAGGCUGGCUGACCUCUUGCUGCUAUAGAGAUUGUCUAUAGGGAAGACCCUGCAGCUGUGCGCAGCAAAGCCUCAGCCCAGAAAUAAAAGAGAACAUGGACUUAGGUGUGGCCGCAGUGGAUUUGUUGCUCUGAUUUUCUGAUCACAUGCCUAAUAUCUGAUCAGUGCACGAGGACUGCAACUGCGUCUCCUUUAAUUCUGUUUUUGAACGCCUGAGCAUGGUUUGUGCCAAAAGUAUUGCAGCAGCCGGCCUUCAAGCUAGACAUACAUUCCAUGUAGCAUGAAACAAGCCAGGGACUAUAAGGAUGACUGAAGUUACUAUCCCUUCCAAAAUGCGGAAGGGCCUCCUAAAGGACCCUGACAUAGCGGAUCUAUUUUGCAAGGACGAUCCAGAGAUAUUAUUUGUAGAUCUGCAUGAAAUUGGACAUGGCAGCUUUGGAGCAGUUUACUUUGCCACAAACUCCACAACUAAUGAAGUGGUUGCUGUUAAGAAAAUGUCCUAUAGUGGGAAACAAAUGAACGAGAAAUGGCAGGACAUAGUCAAGGAAGUAAAAUUUCUUCAACAGCUGAGACAUCCCAACACAAUAGAGUACAAAGGAUGCUACUUGAAAGAACAUACCGCGUGGUUGGUUAUGGAAUACUGCCUGGGCUCUGCUUCAGAUUUGUUAGAAGUUCAUAAGAAGCCACUUCAGGAAGUGGAAAUAGCUGCCAUUACUCACGGUGCCUUGCAGGGGCUGGCCUACCUGCAUUCUCACAAUAUGAUUCACAGGGAUAUUAAAGCUGGAAAUAUAUUGCUUACUGAACCCGGUCAGGUAAAAUUGGCAGACUUUGGAUCUGCAUCUAUAGCAUCACCUGCCAACUCCUUUGUGGGAACACCAUAUUGGAUGGCCCCAGAAGUUAUUUUAGCAAUGGAUGAGGGCCAGUAUGAAGGCAAAGUUGAUAUCUGGUCUCUCGGUAUUACUUGCAUUGAAUUAGCUGAACGGAAGCCUCCUUUAUUUAACAUGAACGCGAUGAGUGCCUUAUAUCACAUAGCUCAGAAUGAGUCCCCUACACUACAGUCUAAUGAAUGGUCGGACUCAUUCCGAGGAUUUGUGGACUACUGCUUGCAGAAAAUACCUCAGGAACGACCCACGUCGGCUGAGCUGCUGCGGCUUGACUUUGUGCGCAGAGAGAGGCCAGCGCGGGUCCUCCUAGAUCUGAUACAGAGGACUAAGGAUGCUGUCAGGGAGUUAGACAAUCUGCAAUACAGGAAAAUGAAAAAAAUCCUCUUCCAAGAAUCCCGCAACGGUCCACUUAAUGAGUCUCAGGAAGAUGAUGAGGACAGUGAACAUGGGACCAACCUGACUGCAAAGAUGGACAGCCUUGGCAGCAAUCAUUCUAUACCAAGCAUGUCGGUCAGUACGGGUAGCCAGAGCAGCAGUGUGAACAGCAUGCAAGAAGUAAUGGAUGACAUGAGUCCGGAGCUGAUUUUGGUUCCCAGCUACAGCUGCAGCUAUGAUUCCACCUCUUCUUUGGUUCCGAAAAAGGUUACAAGGCAGAUCCAUGAGCAUGAGCAGGAGAACGAGUUGCGGGAACAGAUGUCAGGAUAUAAGCGGAUGCGGCGCCAGCACCAGAAGCAGCUGAUCGCCCUGGAGAAUAAGCUGAAGGCUGAGAUGGACGAGCACCGCCUUAAGCUGCAGAAGGAGGUGGAGACUCAUUCCAACAACGCGUCCAUCGAGCUGGAAAAGCUUUCCAAGAGGCAAAUCGUAGGCAUGGAUAAAGAGGCAAAGAUGGCUGCAGCGGAUGAAAGGAGAUUUCAACAACAGAUCAUUGCCCAACAAAAGAAAGACUUAACAUCCUUCUUAGAAAGUCAGAAAAAGCAGUACAAGAUUUGCAAGGAAAAGAUUAAAGAGGAAAUGAGUGAGGACCAUAGCACGCCCAAGAAAGAAAAACAGGAACGCAUAUCAAAGCAUAAAGAGAACCUCCAGCACACUCAGGCUGAGGAAGAAGCUCAACUCCUUAGCCAACAGAGACUGUACUAUGAGAAAAACUGCCGACUCUUCAAGAGGAAGAUAAUGAUCAAAAGGCAUGAAGUUGAGCAGCAGCACAUCCGUGAGGAGCUCAAUAAAAAGAGAACCCAGAAAGAAAUGGAGCAUGCCAUGCUAAUCCGGCACGACGAGUCUACUCGAGAGCUGGAGUACCGGCAGCUGCAUAUGUUGCAAAAGCUUCGGAUGGACCUUAUACGUCUGCAGCACCAGACUGAACUGGAAAACCAGUUGGAAUACAACAAGCGCAGGGAAAGGGAGUUGCACCGGAAACAUGUAAUGGAACUCCGGCAGCAACCUAAAAAUCUCAAGGUAAUGGAAAUGCAGAUAAAGAAACAGUUUCAAGACACAUGCAAAGUGCAGACCAAGCAGUACAAGGCCCUGAAGAAUCACCAGCUGGAGGUAUCCCCAAAGUGUGAGCACAAGACAAUACUCAAGUCCCUGAAGGAUGAGCAGACUCGCAAACUGGCCAUACUUGCUGAGCAGUAUGAGCAAAGCAUCAAUGAGAUGAUGGCUUCACAGGCGCUGCGCUUGGAUGAGGCUCAGGAAGCAGAAUGCCAGGCUCUUAGGCAACAGCUUCAACAGGAGAUGGAGCUACUGAAUGCCUACCAGAGCAAGAUCAAGAUGCAAACUGAGGCACAGCAUGAGCGUGAACUGCAGAAGCUGGAACAGAGGGUGUCUCUUCGUAGAGCUCACCUGGAACAGAAGAUUGAAGAGGAGUUGGCUGCCCUUCAGAAAGAACGCAGUGAGAGGAUCAAGCAUUUGUUUGAACGUGAGGAAAGAGAAAUUGAAACCUUCGAUAUGGAAAGUUUACGGAUGGGCUUUGGAAAUCUGGUGACGUUAGAAUAUCCCAAGGAGGACUAUAGAUGAGAGAGGCCAGUUUUUGCCAUUUAAAUAAAAGAACAAUAAUAAUAUUAACAGUGACAGCAAGGAGAACCUGCAAAACGUACAUUCCCCAUUUUAACGGGCGUGCUCUCUCUCUCUCUUCCUCCCUCCCUUUAUCUCUCUCUCACUCUAUCUCUCUGUCUCUAUCUAUCUCUGACGUCCGUCGGACACUAGUGCCUGUAAUUCUUUUUACUCACCAGGGUGCCUCUGGGCAAAUCUGAGCACGGAGCAAGCUCCCUGGCAUACCUCUCAAGUGUCCCUGAUUGUCACUCAAAUUUUCAAUCCAUCAGAACAUUGGUGCUUGUUAUACAAACCGAAGAUUCAAACAGCGGGAAGGAGUCUUGAAGUUACAGUUGUGUUUUGUGUCGAAACUCUUCCUUUAUUCAUAACCCCUUUUGUGGAAAGAGAUAACUUGAUUAUUCAAAGUUUUGUCCAUGAUGUUCCUUGGGGAAGAUGUUGAGAGGUAUGUGGUUUUAUCAGUGUGAGGAUUGAGAGGUAUGUAUCUUCUAUGCCUCUGUCGGAAGGCUUAUGAGGGCUCUGUGUCUAUUGGCCAGUCUUUGGCAGAAGGUGAGCAGUGUCUGUCCCUGGUGUCUCUUGAGUACUUUGAGGGGUGAAAGCUACAUGUUUAUGAUUCCUCUGCUGAGACUUAAAGAUGUGCGUCCUGCAGUUUGAUAAGAAAUUAUCUCCACAGUUUCAGAUGGUUUCAUAACCCAUGCUGCACAAAUUGUCAGUCUGAUUAACCCCUUCAGCCCUGAGCCAGUUUAGUGGCAAUGUAUAAGUAAGAUCUGCUGAUGACUUUUACCUUGUUCAAGAGUGUUGUCAUUAUUGCACUUUCAGAAGUUUGGUUACCAGGAGCUUACCACCUCUCUUGCACUGGGUUGGUAUCCAGUAAAGACUAACCUUCCAAUCUUCUAAAGUGCCUAACACUAAAAACGAAAACUCAGGGAUGAAGAGAUUAAUUUCUUGAUGUUCAGUAACACAUUUUGAGAGACUAGAGAGAAAUGAGGAGAUACACAUAAAAUACAAACCAACAAAAAAUGUGAAUAACUGUUGGUUGCUACAAACAUUUUAUUCUGUUUAAAGUACAAGCAAAAAAAAUAAAUAUAUAUAUACAAUUUAAUACAUAAAAAGAGAGAGAGAAGCAUAAAACUGCAGCCUUAAGGUUACUGCUGCUGCGUUAAACAUUGUUGUUUUUUUGGUAUUUGUUCGUCAGGAAUAAACAAAAAAAAGAGAUUUUAUUAAACUAUUGAGGUUUGAUACAUUUUACAGAAACCAAUCAUGUUGUAUAUAUAUAUAGACAUAUUGUUGGGAGGGGGAGAAGCAGAAUUUGGGGGGUUGUUUGGGCAGAUGGGGAGGGUAGAAUGUCUUGUGAUAAUAUAUAUAUUUUGUUUCAUUUUUUUUCUUUUUCUUUUCUUUUCUUUUUUUUUUUCUUUUUGAUGACUUAUGCUGGCCGGAGCAGAAAUUGACUUUGAAUUUUCAUUGCACUUUUGGCUCCUAAUCAAUGGUACUUUUUACUCCAGUCCUGGUUUUCUUAUAUGUAUAUACCAUAUGUAUUCUUAACUGACAUAAGGCAGCUGGGAAAUUAAGACCAAAAUACACUAUUUAAUCAAUGACUUUGGCAAGGUAUGGUGCCAGAGAAUAAACUUUGCUAAAUCUUUGCAAUAUAUUGCUAAUGUAUGCCAGGAUGUUAAAAAAAAAAAAAAAGCCCAAAGGUUAAGUAAAUUUACAAAGUGUAUAUGGUAGUACAUAUGAUUGGUAAAUUCUACCAGCCCUCUGCUCCAUUUCCUGUGGCAGUAUGUCCAUGCUGUAUGCAGCCAGUUAAUUGUUUUCGCUGCCUGAGCCCAAGUAAGUACAGUUUUGUACAUAGGAGUGGGCACAAUUUCUAAAACUGGACUUGAAAAGAGUACUUGAGUAGAAAAUGAAGAUUCCUUUUUUCCUUGAUAUUAAUAUAUCUUUAUUUAGAAAAAAAUAAAGAUUGUGAAUACAUAUGCCUCAGUCAUUAAAUACUGUAUAUCCCUGGUUCCUGGUACAAUCCUAGUUCCCACAUUCAUUAGUCCCGGAACCUGAGCAUGGAAGAAAGUACUGUAUUUGCCUCACAAGAAGUUUUCUUUUCAGCACGAAUUGUAGCUAAUUAUCCCUUAAGCCCAUCAGGUUGAAAGGUGGAAUUUCAGGGUUUCUGUCUUUCUUUUCCUUUCAUUUUGUUUGUUCUUUUUUUUUAUAUAAAUUUUCCCUUUUCUCCCAUAAUUUUAUGUUUUGGGUGGAGGGCAUAAGAAUUUAAUAGAUAAUGGCUGUGAUGUACUGAGUCAGUGUUUCCUCAAAGAACAUUUCAGUGUGUUCAUAAAAAAAAAUAUUGCAUAAAUAUGAACAAAAUAAGAAAACCACUUUUAGAGAGAGAGUAUUUUUGAAGCUGCAAAUUCUGUAUAAAAAUUGAUGUUAGACAAGUAAUGUAUCGUAUUUGUUCAAGAAUAUUAUAAGAAAAAUCAAACUUUGCGGACUAUUUUUUGGCACAAAAUAAUAAGUUAAAUAUACUUGUUUUAUUUUUAAGAGAAUUGAAUUUAAAAAAAAUAAUAUAUAGAGUCUAAAUUAAUAAAUGAAUUUAAUACGUUUCCCCUUUUCCGUCUGUAAACUACUUUUACAAAUGCUGUUCAAAGAGGCAUUUGCAGGGCAAGUAACCCAAAUCAACCAUGUCCUGCUUGGAUUUUAAUAUUUAGUGUCCUCAUUUUUAAACAUCUUAUGCUCUGGCUUAGUACAUCUUGGUCCUAAUUUAUAAGCGUGAAAAAGGUCCUCUAGAGUACAACAUUUUUAUUACAUUUAAUGCAGUCAAUUAUUCAUAAAUGGUCUAUGUUCUUCCUGGAUACAUGUAGCUGUAUUUUCACACAGAAUGCUACCACAUUGCACUUUUCAUGUUAAGAGUGUACAAAUUUAAACUUCAAAUUAUUUGGUUUUUAUUUUGUAUUGAUUUCUUGGAAAAUUAAAUGCAUUCAGUUCAUAAAAUAAUUCUUUUACAAGAAUAUUUUAUAUGGAAACUUGUCCGUUAUAUUGAUAAUUAUUGGACACCAAAGCCAGUAUCUGAAAACAAAAAGAAAAAAAUCUUUUCAUCAUUUCAGUGCAUACUUCUUGUAAUGAGGAGAAACCUGAAUUUAAGGUAAAGCAUAUACAAUAUUUUGAAAUAUUUUAGUUUUUGGGAAUUGGCACAAUUACACGCAAAUAAAACUGAAAAUUGAUGAGGAUGUAUUUAUUUUUUUGUUCAAUUGGAAGUACUUGGUAAACAAUGGUAAAGUUCUGAACCUACCAGAAAGAAAAAUGACAUAACUUUUUGUUUGAAUCUGCAAACUGUAAGCAAAGUAUUUGUACAGAUCUCCUAGAAGCUGGAAAGGGAAUAUGUAAAACCAGGACUGGGUAUAUUGAUCUGUGUUAAGGGGUGCUUUACACUUUGUCAAGUGAUUAACGUCAUGCACCUGCAAAGCUCGUCCACUACUCUAUCUACACUGUGCUCAUUUGGGUCCCACUCUCUCUGGUACAUAAACGAUAAACUUUGUGGCUGCAGGCCUUUCACUUGAUUGCAAGGAUCUCAGAGCUGUUCAUUGCUUUAAAUGACCACUAGCACUGGAAUUUUUUCAAUGUUAUUGGGGAAUAUGAAUAGUGGAAAAUUAGUCGUUUUUCUUUAUAUCAAAGAAACGAUUAAAUCAUUCCUUAGAACUCUGUCCUAAUGUAAAGGUGCUAAGCUUGUGUUAUCUGGGAUACCUUUUUGUGACCUUUUUAGAAGUGAAACAAAGCAACAUCCUGAUUACAUUGCAUUAAUCCUUGUGCCCUAAUCCCUUUAGGUUACUACAGAAACUCAUUGGCAGAAGGACUUUGGGUUACCUGCAGUGUUUUGCACUGAAAAGUACAUUAAAUGAUCCUGGAAAUUCUUUCUGGCAGUAAAGUGUUUCAGCUCUUGGAAUCUUAUUGGCAUUGUGCUGUUUACAGAAAUUUCUUUCCAUACAUAGCAUUGUUUAAUGAAUGUGUGUAUUAACAGCUAUCAAUAGCUAUCUUCUUGAGAAUGUAUCUCAUCCAUAUAUCCACCCAGGACAUUUGUAUUUUGUCUACUUAUCAUCUUACAAGAAAGGCAGAAUAUUCUUUUUAACACCUCUGAAAACAGCAUUGGAUAAAUUUAAUGCCCAAUUAUCAGGCUGCAGUUAUGGUUGCAUGUUAUCCAGUGGGUUUUUUUUUAUUAUUAAAUCCUUUUCACUAUGCGCUGGUAUUUGUGUCUUCAGAAAGAGAAUCUGCUCAUCGCGGCAGAUGUUAUAUCACUGCCAAUAUCUAGCUCCAGUACUGCCCAUCUCAAUAAACAGUGGAGCGUCCAUUUUGCUUGCAUUAGGUUCGUUAUUGCACUUCUUAGUUUGAAGAAUUUGUACUGCUGUUCUUUGCUAUGAAGUUGUUUUGUACAUACAUUUUUAAGAGUAUUGGGACAUAAAUAGCAGAUCUCUCAAAUUUUUUUUUGUAUAUGCUGUACAUGUUCCUUGUUACAUGCCUCUGGAGCAGUGCAGGAAGCAGUGUUCAGGGGUGUGGUGGUGCUUUAUCAGAUGGUCUGCAGCCUCAAACAAAAAAAAC